CAUGAGACAAGCAUUGCAAAAUGAAGUGAGGGUCAGGACGAUCGGCUCAAUGUCACGGAACGUUGUCAGCAAACAGAUCGCCGACAGCCUGUCCUUAAAAUCACUUCUGUCAUAGAAUUGGGACAUAUAAGAUAUUCUGCAAGUAGGCAGUGACGUCUUUGAGACGUCCUUAAAUCUCCCUCCACCCUUCCCCCUCUAUAGUUAUACAUCCACUGGUCCACCAUGUCCAUCCAGAUCUGUAGAGUAGUGCAGCUGGUGAUGCACUCUGCUUGCUGCAGGACUGUCAGAAGUAGAUCCUGUUUGCGCAAGGCAGUGUUGACCCCUGUGGGUCCCCCUGGUCCCUGUGUUCCUGGAGCUCCAGUGCUUCAUAGAAGGGCUUACAGCCUGGACUCUCUGUCUUCGGGUCCUGGUCGGCCGGCACAUGGUCCGAGUUUACAGCAGCCCCACACAGAGGGGACUUCACCUUCCGCACCACUUUCGCCCAGGUACCUGUCUGCUGCGGCUGUACAGGGCCAGUGUCGUCCACUAUGUCAGUAUAACUUCCUGGACCUUGCGGAGGUAGAGGAGAAUUUACUCCGUGCUAUGGCCUGUAAAAAAAUCAGACAUCUCAUAGUGGACCCAGACCUGGCUAAACUGGUAACGCAGCAUCUAGGACCUGAGGAUUCUAAAGCUGUUAUCUUCGAAUGUAACCCAGGUCCUGGGGUGUUGACCAGGACACUGCUAAAUGCUGGAGCUCAGAGGCUUGUGGCUCUUGAAGGGGACAGGUUCUUCCUGCAUGACCUACGGGAGUUGGAAGGUCGUCUUGAUGGUCAGCUAGAGGUGGUUCACUGUGACUACUUUAAGCUAGAUCCCAUUGGCGGUGGAAACCUGAGACCCCCUGUCAUGUUCACUGACAAACUGUUCACUGAUCUGGGAAUAUCAGAAGCUAAUUGGACCGAUGACAUCCCAGUGAAGGUGGUGGGUAUCCUGCCUCAGCAUAAUGAGCGUGGCAUGCUGCUGAAGAUGGUUUAUGCUUUGUUUGAACGGCUGUCUGUCUUCAGAUACGGAAGGAUAGAGCUCAACCUCUUCAUGAGCGAGAAGGAAUACCUGAAACUGGUGUCACGUCCAGGUCAAAUGAUGCACUACAGAGCCUUCAGUGUCCUCUGGCAGAUGGCCUGUGAUAUCGACCUACUGCACAAGGAGCCCUGGGAGUCAUUUGUGAUUUCUUCAAGACAGAGUGUAGCUGAUCGUAAAGGCAAGCUUCCCAAUGACCACCUGUGCCUGGUGCGUCUGCGUCCAAGGGCUGAUCUGUUUUCUGCAGGCCUUACUCCCUCUAACGCUUCAACUCUGCUGAUGAUGAUCAAACAGUGUCUGGCAAAGAGGAAGGUCAAGCUCAUCGAGAGGCUCAAUCUCUGGUCACCAGAUAGCGGGAGUAAGCUGUUAUCGGAAAUGGGUAUGCAGGAGGACAUUCUGACAGGACACGUAUAUCCAGAGGAGUAUCUCCAAUUGUUCCAGUUGAUGGACAAGAGUCAGGAGUUCACACAGAGUUGGCUUUAUGAGGAGAUCCUAGAGAACACACAGAGAGAAGGUUGGGGCUAACAGACAAACAGGUCAAAUGUAUAGAUUUAUGCAAUUAAAACACAAAGAGGUACAUAAAAACAUGUAUAAUAUAAUGGUGGUGUAAUGUAAAAAAAGAAUAAUAUAAUAUGUGAUGUAAUGCAACAUGGGACAUUUAUGCAUAAAGGAAGUCAUAAAAUAGUAAUAAAUGUCAAUGAAAUGAACUCAACUUGACUGCAUAAAUAUUUUUGUUACUGAAAUGAUGAAAAUGUUGACUAACUGUACUUUAGGACAAUGGAGAAACACCUUCAAAUGACCCCCACUUUGUACUGUAGCAGCAAUGGUUUAUUUUGGGCCCCCACAAGAUACUGCAUGUAAUCCACUUUUCAUCCAACUGAUUAUCAGUACACAAAGAAUGAAGAAGCACAACGGCAGCAUUUCAAAGCUGGCUGAAAAAAAUGCUAGUGGAUGCACCAGAUCAUGCAAAUCAUAUUAUUUUCAUUCAGAAAUGGGUUUGUACUGUUCAUGAAGUAGAGUGUGCAUUGUCACAGAAGCUUCACAGAACAUAAUUCUACAUGUAUAUUGUAUUGCCAAACUGAUGUCUUGAGGGGAGUACUAGUGCAGUAAGUGCACAGCAAGAAGGAUUGCAUAUGUAAAGGAGUUUUUCACUGUAUAGCCUCAUGUAAAUUUUUGUAUAUUCAUUGUGAGCAAAUAAGCUUGUGUACCUGGCCAGAAUGUCAUGCUCUAAGCAAUGUAUAAGCUGUGUGUCUAAUAUAUAAUUCUUUUUUUUAAAUCAUUAAAUCUGAAUUUUGAUAAUA